ACAGCCAUACUAUAAAACUUUCGGCAGAAGACGGCCUUCCAAAAACCUUGGCCUGAAGGCGUAAAAAUGUAUCUGUAGCAAUCGAAGGUGUAAAAUCUUCCAUUCGAUGCUGCAGAACACGUUUGUAUAUAUAAUAUAGUAUUGUAUUCACUACUACUGAAGACUUAUUUGUGAUUAGUUUGGCUAGCAAACGAAGUCAACAUGGCAAGCGAUUUGGAAAUAUCCGACACCCGUGUGUUAUUUGUAGCAGACUAUGUCUUAAAGACAUUAAAAAUCAAACCAGAUAAAUGGUCAAAGAUGUAUAGUGUUGAUGAAACAAAGCAAAUGUUUUUGGACUACUUUGAGAAACCAGACCUCAUUUCUCUGGUUGUUAUUUUAACUCCUGCUGGAGGUUUGACAGUUCAAUUUGAAUGGCCAAAUAAUCCAAAAGGAAAGGCAUGUUAUUUUGUGAAAAGAUCCAGGGAUCCAAUUCAAAAAGACACUAAUUUAAGGGUUGCUUUAUUGUAUGGUGAUCUAGCAUAUUCACCGUUAGACCAGUUAUCUGCAUUUGUGGAUGAGGUAUUGGUACCACUCUUGUCCAAUGACCGAAAUCAUGAUCACUGGCCAAAGGUUGUGUCAACUGAUGUCACAAAACAUGUACAUAGUCUAAAGAGCAAUGUCUUUGUAGUGUCUGGUCAAGCUAAGGGUAAAACUCUACUGCCAUUACCGGUUGGUGCUGAAAGAGUUGAAAGCAUAGCUCCUCAAGAUGACAAGGGAGAAUCAUUUGAUAGAACUUUAAUUCAUGCUAUUGAGUCAGUAAUCAUUGAAUGGACCCAUCAGAUCCGUGAUGUCUUAAAGAGAGAUUCAGCUCAACCUCUCCUCGAGGGCCUCAAUCCUACACCCUUUGUAGAAAUUAAGUUUUGGGAAAAUAAAGCCCAAAAUCUUGAAUGCAUUUACGAACAGCUGAGAGAUCCAAAGGUUAGGAAAAUGGCUGAGCUUUUAGAAAGAACAAACAGCAGUUAUUUCCCAUCAUUUAAAAAUAUUUUUAGAGAUGUAGUAGCUGCCUUGACUGAGGCCCAAGACAUCAAUAUGUAUCUUAAGCCCUUACGACAUUAUCUUGAAGAUUUAGAACAGGCUGAAUUUGAUGAAUGUAUACCUCUGUUAUCGCCUACUAUCUACACUGUUUGUCAAGUCUGGACCCACUCUAAUUAUUACAGUACUCCAGGCAGAGUCAUUGUCUUAUUACAAGAAAUCUGUAAUAUGAUUAUUAAUAUGGCUGUAGCUUUCUUGGAUCCAACUGAAAUAUUCAAAGGAGAAGUAGAAGAAACAAUAGAUAAAGUACAGAAAGCCUGUGAAGUGUUGAAAGCUUUUAAAGAUACCUAUGAGGACCACAAGGGAAAACUCAAAUCUUACUAUGAUGAAGGUGUUGAACCAAAGGAAUGGGAAUUCGAUCCACAACUUGUUUUUGCUAGAUACGAUAAAUUCAAACAGCGUGUUGAAACAGUCAGGGAAUUGAUGGAAACUGCAUUGGAAUUUAUAAAGUUGGAAAAAGUUGAACUUGGAGGAAUUAAAGGAAAAUGUUUGAGUGGCCAAGUCAUGUCCAUUUUUGAAGAAUUUAAUGAAAUCUUCCGAGUUUUCUCAGAGAGAGGUUAUGAUUGUUUGGAUCCAAGUAGUGAUGAAUUUUUAGACGAUUAUCAGAACUUUUUAGAGAAGAUAGGUGAUAUUGAUAGAAGACUUGCUACAAUUAUAUGCCAGGGUUUUGAUGACUGCUCAGGGUUGGAAUCUAUUUUUAAGCUGAUUGACAUAAUGAAUACACUGUUAGACAGACCACUAAUCAAACAAGACUUUGAAGCCAAAUAUCCAGUAGUAGUAGUGAAUAUGAACCAUGAACUAGAUGAAGCCAAGAAUAUUUAUGAUUUACAAUUGGCUAAAAAGAAAGAAACUGGAAAAGCGCCUAUUCACAAGAACAUGCCAAGUGUUACUGGAAGUUUAAGAUGGUCGAAAGAAUUAAAUGAGAGAAUUACAAUACACAUGGGAAACUUUAAACAUAUAGAACAUCCUUGUAUGGAAACUGAAGAAGCACAUCUUGUAUUUACCAAAUAUGAACAAAUGAUGAAACUAUUAGCACUGUGGGAUCAACAAGAGUAUAAAGAAUGGACAGCGGGUGUUGAUGAUGCAUGUUCGUUUAAUUUAUCACAACCAUUGGUUACGCGAAAUGGAGAAACCAAACUUAUUUCUGUUAACUUUGAUAGACAGUUGGUGGCUGUGUUACGUGAAGUGAAAUAUUUAGAAAUCCGUUCUGAAGAAGAAGUGCCAGGAAGUGCCAAUGCUGUGUAUGCUAGAAAUGAUGAAUUUAGAAAAUAUUUAGCUAAUUUAGACUUAACUGUACAGUGGUACAAUAAAGUACGAAAUACAAUAUUAGAAGUCGAAUAUCCGUUAAUAGAAAGUCAAUUACAAGAUAUAGAUGUACAGUUAGAAAAAGCAGAAACAUCAUUAAAUUGGAACAGUCAAGGCGUGUGGGAAUACAUUGAUGAAACAAGAGAGAGGGUACAUAAUCUGGAAACGCGCGUACAGAAAGCUAAGAAUAACGUAGAAGAAAUACAAAAGAUUAUGACAACGUGGUCUAAGGUUUCACUAUUUGAAAGAAAAGAAGAUAAACACGAUAGUUUAUUACAUUUAGAUGACCGUCAAGAUCGUCUUAAUAAACGAUACAAUGAGAUUAAACAAGCUGGUGAAAAGAUCCACACACUACUCAAGGAAAAUCUGGAAUAUUUUAAAGCAGAUGCCAACUCUGAUAUUUGGAAAGCAUAUGUUGAUUAUGUUGAUGAAAUGAUUGUUGAUGGUUACUUUAAUACGAUUCACUGUAGUUUACAGUUUCUCUUGGACAAUACGUCUUCUAAUAAAAAUUCUGAUCCCUUGUUCGAAGCACGAUUAGAACUGCAGGUACCAGACAUGGUGUUCUUACCAUCUCUAGAAUACGGAGUGGCAGAUGGAUUCUAUGAUUUAGUUGAUGGUUUAGUCGGUGAUAUUUAUAAACAGUCAUCUUUAAUACCUCGACUAGCAGCUCACAGUGGUCAGGAACAUUAUCAGCCUGAUUUAGAAGAUAUGGAAGAAUUAUCCGAGAUGAGACAGGAGAUAAUGGACAGGGUACAGACCAUCAUGAACAAGGCGUGCGAAUAUCGUAAUUCAUUUGAUAACUACGCAUAUCUCUGGGUUGAUGAUCGUAAUGAGUUUAUGAGACAAUUCUUGUUAUAUAAUCACGUUUUGACAACAGAAGAGAUUGAAGCACAUGCUGAUGAAGGAGUUCCUGAAAGCCCCCCAACUCUUGCUCAGUUCAAAGAACAGAUUGAUGCAUAUGAAAAGAUAUACGAAGAAGCAGAACAUGUUGAAGCCACAAGUUUAUUUGAUCACUGGUUCCGUGUAGAUGCUAAGCCAUUUAAACAAGCUCUAUUAAACAUUAUUAAACGAUGGAGUUUUAUGUUUAAACAACAUCUUAUUGAUCAUGUCACCAACAGUUUGAAAGAGUUGGCCGAGUUUAUUAAGGUAACAGACGCAGGUGUGACUAGACCACUAGAAGAAGGUGAUUAUGAUGGUCUUGUCGCCAUCAUGGGUAGUCUUUUCGCUGUUAAAGAACGCCAAGCAACCACUGAUGAAAUGUUCGAACCAUUAAAACAGACGAUUGAAUUGCUGAAAACUUACGAUCAAGAGAUGCCUGACGAGGUUCAUCUACAACUACAAGAACUGCCAGAACAAUGGAACAAUACCAAGAAGAUUGCUAUCACAGUCAAACAGCAGAUGGCACCAUUACAAGCUAACGAGGUUGCUAAUAUUAGGAGAAAGAGCGCUUCAUUUGAUGUGGAACAACACAAAUUCCGAGAGAAGUUCAGGUCUAUUAAACCUUUCCGAUUCGAUUGCGAGCAACCUUAUGAAUAUCUUGAUAGAAAUCAUGAAGAAAUCAGUAAAAUGGAGAGAAAUAUGGCUACUUUAAUGGAAUCAGCUGGUCUGUUCGAAGUGAAUGUACCUGACUUUAAACAAUUGAAACAAUGUAGAAAGGAGAUCAAACUUUUGAAGACAUUGUGGGAUUAUAUUAUUAUUGUUAAAAGUAGUAUUGAUGAUUGGAAAACAACGCCAUGGAAAGAGAUUAACGUGGAACAGAUGGACAUGGACUGUAAAAAAUUUGCAAAAGAUAUCCGAAUGUUAGACAAGGAAAUGCGAGCCUGGGACUCCUACAUGGGUGUUGAAAAUAUGGUGAAAAAUAUGUUGACAUCAUUAAGAGCUGUCGGUGAAUUGCAAAAUCCUGCCAUUAGAGAAAGACAUUGGCAACAACUUAUGGCUGCCACCAAGGUACGCUUCAUGAUGGAUGAUAGUACAACAUUAUCAGAUCUUCUGUCUCUCAAUCUACAUAACUAUGAAGAAGAAGUACGUACUAUAGUAGAUAAGGCUGUUAAAGAAAUGAGUAUGGAGAAGGUCCUGAAAGAAUUGGACGUCACCUGGUCUACCAUGGAAUUCGAACAUGAUAAACAUCCUAGAACAGAAAUUACAAUUCUCAAAACAAGUGAAGAACUUAUUGAAACUCUGGAAGACAACCAGGUACAACUGCAAAACAUGAUGACCUCCAAAUACAUUGCCCAUUUCUUGUCUGAAGUAUCAAACUGGCAGAAGAAGCUCUCUACUGCUGAUCAAGUUAUAUCUAUCUAUAUGGAAGUACAGAGAACAUGGACCCAUUUGGAAAGUAUCUUUAUCGGUUCCGAAGAUAUCAGGAAUCAGCUACCAGAAGAUUCCAAGAGAUUUGAUAAUAUCGAUAAUGAUUUUAAGGAACUUGUCAAGGAAGUAGAAGUAACCAAAAACUGUGUAGAUGCUACAAAUAAACCUAAUUUAUAUGAAAGAUUAGACACAUUACAAGGACAGCUUAGUCUUUGUGAAAAAGCUUUAGCAGAAUACCUAGAAACUAAACGUUUAGCCUUCCCCAGAUUUUACUUCGUUUCGUCAGCAGAUUUGUUAGAUAUUUUAUCUAAUGGUAAUAAUCCACCAGUGGUGGCUCGUCAUUUAACAAAACUAUUUGACAGUUUGGCAUCUCUAGAGUUUGAGAAAGAUUCAAGUGAAAACCUUUUGAAGUCGGCAACUUGCAUGCACAGUAAAGAUGGCGAAAUGGUGACAUUAAAUAAACCAUGUGAUCUAAAUGGACAGGUUGAAGCAUGGUUGAAUCGGUUAUUAGAGGCUAUGAAGGCUACAGUUUUACAUGAAUUAAAUGAAGCUGUACAAGGUUAUGAAGAGAAACCCAGAGAUCAAUGGUUGUUUGAUUAUCCAGCUCAAGUUGCUCUGUGUGGUACUCAGAUCUGGUGGACAACAGAAGUCAAUAUUGCGUUUGGUAGAUUAGAAGAAGGUUAUGAAAAUGCCCUAAAAGAUUACAAUAAAAAACAAAUUACUCAGUUGAAUGCUUUGAUUACCAUGUUAAUCGGUAAACUGUCAUCUGGCGAUCGACAAAAAAUCAUGACAAUAUGUACUAUUGAUGUACAUGCUCGUGAUGUCGUAGCCAAAAUGAUUACACAAAAAAUAGACAGUUCACAGGCUUUCUUGUGGUUGUCACAGCUUCGACAUCGCUGGGAUGAUAAUCAGGUGGAUUGCUUCGCCAACAUCUGUGACGCUCAAUUCAGAUACUCACACGAGUAUUUGGGUAACACUCCACGAUUGGUCAUCACACCCCUUACUGACAGAUGUUAUAUUACAUUGACCCAGUCUCUACAUUUAGUUAUGAGUGGAGCUCCUGCUGGCCCGGCUGGUACUGGUAAAACAGAGACUACCAAAGAUUUGGGCCGAGCUCUUGGUAUUAUGGUCUAUGUAUUCAACUGCUCAGAACAGAUGGACUACAAGUCCAUUGGUAACAUCUAUAAAGGUUUAGCUCAGUCUGGAUCUUGGGGUUGUUUUGAUGAAUUUAAUCGUAUUUCUGUGGAAGUGUUAUCUGUAGUUGCUGUACAGGUGAAAUGUAUCCAAGAUGCUAUCAGAGAUAAAAAAGACAUCUUUAAUUUCCUUGGUGAGGUGAUCCGCAUGGUACCUAGCGUUGGCAUCUUCAUCACUAUGAAUCCGGGUUAUGCUGGUAGAACUGAAUUGCCAGAAAAUUUGAAAGCACUAUUUAGACCAUGUGCUAUGGUUGUUCCUGAUUUUGAACUGAUUUGUGAAAUUAUGUUGGUAGCUGAAGGUUUCUUAGAAGCCAGACUAUUAGCUCGUAAAUUUAUUACACUUUAUAGUUUGUGUAAAGAAUUACUGUCAAAACAGGAUCAUUAUGAUUGGGGUUUAAGAGCUAUUAAAUCCGUAUUGGUAGUAGCUGGUUCGUUAAAGAGAAGUGACCCAGGAAGACCAGAAGAUCAGGUAUUGAUGAGAGCCUUGAGAGAUUUCAACAUCCCCAAAAUUGUAGCAGAUGACAUGCCCAUUUUUAUGGGUCUGAUCUGUGAUCUGUUCCCUGCAUUAGAUGUACCCCGUAAACGUAAUCUAGAAUUUGAAGCCCUGAUUAAACAAGCCACAUUGGAUCAGAAACUACAACCAGAAGAUAACUUUAUCCUAAAGGUCGUGCAGCUUCAGGAAUUGUUUGAAGUACGACAUUCUGUGUUUUUAUUGGGUAACACAGGUACCGGCAAAAGUGGAGUAUGGAACACACUUAUUAAAACUUAUCGUAACCAAGGCAAGAAACCUAUGGCUGUCGACCUUGACCCUAAAGCUGUCACCAAUGAUGAAUUGUUUGGAGUUAUUAAUCCUGCAACUAGAGAAUGGAAAGAUGGAUUAUUCUCAGUUGUAAUGAGAGAUUUGGCUAAUAUGACAGGUGAUGCACCAAAAUGGAUUGUACUGGAUGGAGAUAUUGAUCCCAUGUGGAUUGAAUCUCUAAAUACUGUCAUGGAUGAUAAUAAAGUUUUAACAUUAGCCAGUAAUGAACGUAUCCCCCUCACACCAUCCAUGAGACUUCUGUUUGAAAUCAGCCAUCUGAAAACUGCUACACCUGCCACUGUAUCCAGAGCUGGUAUUCUCUUUGUGAAUCCUCAAGAUUUGGGAUGGAAUCCAUAUGUUCAGAGUUGGAUUGAUACUCGUGAAGUACAAUCAGAACGAGCCAAUCUUCUUAUUCUAUUUGAUAAAUAUGUACCAACGUGCCUGGAUGUUUUACGUCAUCGAUUUAAAAAGAUUACACCUAUUGCCGAGAUCUGCCACAUACAGAUGUUAUGUCAUCUAUUAGAAUGUUUGUUAACACCAGAGAAUACACCACCAGACUGUGCUAAAGAACUAUACGAAUUAUACUUUGUCUUUGCCUCUGUGUGGGCUUUUGGUGGUGUCAUGUUCCAAGAUCAGUUGGCUGAUCACAGAGUAGAAUUUACAAAAUGGUGGACAACAGAUUUUAAAACUAUUAAAUUCCCACAUCAAGGAACAGUAUUUGAUUAUUAUAUAGAUUCAGAAACAAAGAAAUUUGAAUUGUGGACGAAACGAGUUCAACCUUUUGAAUUAGAUCCCGAUAUUCCAUUACAGGCUGCUAUGGUCCACACAGCAGAAACAACUCGUGUUAAAUAUUUCUUGGACAUGCUGGUUGAGAAACGACGACCUGUUAUGUUGGUUGGUAAUGCUGGUACAGGUAAAACAGUACUGAUGGCAGAUAAACUGCUCAACUUAUCCGAAGAUUAUAUGGUAGCUAAUGUACCUUUCAACUUCUAUACAACAUCUGAAAUGUUACAAAGAAUUCUGGAGAAACCAUUAGAGAAAAAAGCUGGUCGUAACUAUGGUCCACCCGGUACAAGACGCCUUAUCUACUUUGUUGAUGAUAUGAACAUGCCAGAGGUUGAUAAAUAUUUCACAGUACAACCUCACACAAUGAUUCGUCAACAUAUAGAUCAUGGUCAUUGGUAUGAUAGAACUAAACUCACACUUAAAGAAAUACAUAAUACACAGUAUGUGGCUUGUAUGAACCCCACUGCUGGUAGUUUUACCAUCGAUCCACGUCUGCAACGUCACUUCUGUGUUUUUGCUAUGAGUUUCCCUAACCACGAUGCUCUGAAGACCAUUUAUACUAGUAUCUUGUCUCAGCAUCUGGCCUUAAAUAAUUUUGUUCCUGCUGUCCAGAAAUUUACAGAACCAAUAGUUAACGGUGCUCUAACUCUACAUAGUAAAGUUACAACAACUUUCUUACCAACUGCCAUCAAAUUCCAUUAUAUUUUCAACUUAAGAGAUUUAUCCAACAUUUUCCAGGGUAUAUUGUUUUCUCUCAGUGAUUGUGCUAAGACACCUGUAGAUCUUGUUCGACUUUGGGCUCAUGAAGCAACAAGAGUUUAUCAUGACAAACUAACAGAUUUAAAAGAUAUUGAAUUGUUUGAAAAAGUACAAAAGGAUGUUGUGAAAAAAGUCUUUGAGGAUAUUGAUGAUACCGUCGUCUUCCAGCAACCCAAUUUGUUUUGUCAUUUUGCUCUUGGUAUUGGAGAACCCAAGUAUUUACCAGUUCCAGGCUGGACUGAACUCAAUAAAAUUUUAGUAGAAGCUCUAGACAAUUACAAUGAGUUGAAUGCUGCUAUGAAUCUUGUGCUGUUUGAAGAUGCUAUGAUGCAUGUUUGUCGUAUCAAUCGUAUUUUAGAAUCUCCACGGGGUAAUGCCUUAUUAAUUGGUGUUGGUGGUAGCGGUAAACAGAGUUUAUCGCGUCUCUCUGCCUUUAUCAGUAGUUUAGAUGUAUUCCAGAUAACUCUCCGUAAAGGAUACAGUAUUGCUGAUCUCAAAACAGAUAUCGCCACACUUUAUAAAAAAACGGGAAUCAAGGGUGUUGGUACCAUGUUCUUAAUGACUGAUGCUCAAGUUCCAGAUGAACGUUUCCUUGUAUUAAUCAAUGAUUUACUGGCCUCCGGUGAAAUUCCAGAUCUUUUUGCUGAUGAUGAAAUAGAAGAGGUCAUCAGCGGUGUGCGUAAUGAAGUAAAAGGUCAAGGGUUAGAAGACACAAGAGAAAAUUGUUGGAGAUAUUUUAUUGAUAAAGUGCGAAAAACAUUAAAAGUCGUGCUGUGUUUCUCCCCAGUUGGUGCCACAUUACGUGUUAGAAGUAGAAAAUUCCCUGCUAUAACAAACUGUACAGCCAUUGAUUGGUUCCAUGAAUGGCCUGAAGAAGCCUUGUGUUCUGUCAGUGCCAGAUUCUUAGAAGAUAUAGAAUUAUUACAAACUAAUACCAAAGCUGCUAUUGCCAAGUUCAUGGCUUAUGUUCAGAAAUCUGUCAAUGAUAUAAGUCAACUUUACUUAACUAAUGAAAGGCGUUAUAACUACACAACACCAAAAAGUUUUCUGGAACUCAUCAAUCUUUACCAGAAUUUACUGAAUAUAAAAAACAAAGAACUACAAGCAAAAAUUAUACGAUUGGAGAAUGGUUUAGAAAAGUUGAGAAGUACAGCCUCUCAGGUUGAUGACUUGAAAUCCAAAUUGGCUUCUCAAGAAGUAGAAUUAGCCCAGAAAAAUGAAGAUGCCAACAAAUUGAUUCAAGUUGUGGGUGCAGAAACUGAAAAAGUAACAAAGGAAAAAGCCAUUGCUGAUGAAGAGGAACAGAAAGUUUCUAAGAUUACAGUUGAGGUCGAGAAGAAAGCUGCUGAUUGUGAGAGGGAUUUGGCGAAGGCUGAGCCAGCUUUAUUAGCUGCUAAAGAGGCUUUGAAUACAUUGAACAAGAACAACUUAACGGAGUUGAAAUCUUUUGGUACACCUCCAACUGCUGUCACAAAUGUAACUGCUGCCUGCAUGUGUUUGUUAGCACCUGGUGGAAAGGUUCCUAAAGACAAGAGUUGGAAGUCUGCAAAAAGCUCAAUCAUGAAUAAGAUUGAUGCAUUUUUGGAUAAUCUUAUUAAUUAUGAUAAAGAUAACAUCCCCGAUGCUUCAUUAAAAGCUGUACAGCCAUACCUCAACGAUCCUGAAUUUGAACCUGACUUCAUCAAAUCGAAAUCCCUUGCUGCUGGUGGACUGUGUGCCUGGGUUGUGAAUAUUGUUAUGUACUAUAAUGUCUUCUGUACUGUAGAACCGAAAAGAUUGGCUCUUAAAGCUGCCAAUGAUGAAUUGUCUGCUGCCAGAGAAAAGUUACGUGUCAUCAAGGCUAAGGUAGCCGAAUUGGAGGCAACAUUAGCCUCGUGUCAAGCAGAGUUUGAAAGAGCUACUUCCGAAAAACUCAGAUGUCAACAGGAAGCAGAAAGCACUGCUAAAACAAUUGAGUUGGCUAAUCGUCUUGUUGGUGGUUUAGCGUCUGAGAAUGUAAGAUGGGCAGAGGCUAUUAAUGGUUAUCGCGAACAGGAGAAGAGUUUACCUGGUGAUGUUCUCAUUACAACUGCUUUCAUAUCAUACGUAGGUUGCUUUACUAAGUCGUACCGUUUGGAUUUGAUGGACAACUACUGGCUACCGUAUUUGAAAGACAAAUCUGACACCAUACUUGUAUCAGAAGGUUUUGAUCCGCUCUCACUGCUGAUUGAUGAUGCCCUUAUUGCUACAUGGAAUAACGAAGGUCUACCUGGUGACAGAAUGUCAACCGAGAACGCAACAGUAUUAACUAGUUGUCAACGCUGGCCUCUUAUGAUUGAUCCACAAUUACAAGGUAUUAAAUGGAUUAAGAAAAAAUAUGGUGCUGAUUUGAAAAUUAUCCGUCUCGGAGCUAAAGGUUACUUGGAAGCUAUUGAGAGAGCCGUGACAAAUGGUGAUGUGGUUCUUAUUGAAAAUAUUGGUGAGAGUAUCGAUCCUGUACUUGAUCCAUUGUUAGGAAGAAAUACCAUCAAGAAGGGUCGAGCUAUUAAAAUGGGAGACAAGGAAGUGGAGUAUCAUAAAGACUUUAAGCUUAUUUUACAAACCAAAUUAGCUAACCCUCACUACAAACCAGAAAUGCAGGCUCAGACAACUCUGAUUAACUUCACUGUAACAAGAGAUGGUUUAGAAGAACAGUUGUUAGGAGCUGUUGUCAGUAAAGAAAGACCCGAUCUUGAGAAAUUGAAAAUGGAUUUAACACAUCAACAGAAUGAAUUUAAGAUUACACUGAAAGAGCUUGAAGACAACCUUCUGGCUCGGUUAUCAGCUGCAGAGGGAAAUUUCCUUGGAGAUUAUGCCCUCGUUGAGAAUUUAGAAACCACAAAAAGAACAGCAGCUGAAAUUGAGGUGAAGGCUGCCGAAGCCAAGAAAACUGAAUUCGAAAUUAACAAAGCUCGUGAAGAUUAUCGUCCAGCUGCAUCUCGAGCUUCCUUACUAUACUUUAUUAUGAAUGAUUUACUUAAGAUUAAUUUGAUGUACCAAUUUUCAUUGAAGGCUUUUAGCGUAGUAUUUGACAAGGCUAUUGAUAAGGCCGAGCCAGCUGAAGAUGUCAAACAGCGUGUGAUAAACCUUAUCGAUUGUAUAACCUUCUCAGUAUCCACCUACACUACAAGAGGAUUGUUUGAGAAGGAUAAACUUAUCUUUUCUACGCAAAUGGCUUUCCAGAUUCUUCUCAUGACUAAUGAGAUUAAUCCUGUAGAGCUUGAUUUCUUGUUACGUUUCCCAGCUCAACAAAAUGUCACCACACCAGUAGAUUUCCUCAACAGUAACUCGUGGGGAGGAAUAAAGGCAUUAGCUUCUAUGGAAGAAUUCCGUAAUUUAGAUAGAGAUAUUGAAGGAUCAGCUAAAAGAUGGAAGAAGUUCGUAGAAAGUGAAUGUCCAGAGAAAGAAAAAUUCCCUCAAGAAUGGAAAAACAAAACAUCACUUCAGAAACUAUGCAUGAUGAGAGCUUUACGUCCUGACAGAAUGACCUAUGCCAUAAGGAACUUUAUUGAAGAAAGAAUGGGAACAAAAUAUGUAGAAGGCCGAGCUGUUGAAUUCAGUAAGUCCUUCGAAGAAUCAGGACCCGCUACACCAGUCUUCUUUAUUCUAUCACCUGGUGUUGACCCACUGAAAGAUGUAGAAGCUAUCGGUAAAAGACUCGGAUUUACAGAAGAUAACAAAAACUUCCACAAUAUAUCUCUUGGACAAGGUCAGGAAAUUGUAGCAGAACAAGCAAUGGACAUUGCAGCUAAAGAUGGACAUUGGGUCAUUUUACAGAAUAUUCAUCUUGUAAGUAAAUGGUUAUCAACUUUAGAGAAGAAACUAGAAGAAUACAGUGAAGUAGGACAUGAUGAUUAUCGUGUAUUUAUUAGUGCUGAACCUGCUUCAUCAAACGAGUAUCACAUUAUACCUCAGGGUAUCCUGGAACCAGCUGUCAAGAUUACCAACGAGCCCCCGACUGGUAUGUUUGCCAAUCUACAUAAAGCCCUUGAUAACUUCACUCAGGAUACACUCGAGAUGUGCGCAAGGGAGACAGAAUUUAAGAGUAUUCUUUUUGCACUGUGUUACUUCCAUGCUGUGGUGUGUGAAAGACGUAAGUUUGGACCUCAAGGAUGGAAUCGUGUGUACCCCUACAAUACUGGUGAUCUGACCAUCAGUGUUAAUGUACUGUAUAACUAUCUAGAAGCUAAUGCUAAAGUACCAUGGGAAGAUUUGAGAUAUCUAUUUGGAGAGAUUAUGUAUGGAGGUCACAUCACUGAUGAUUGGGAUAGAAGACUAUGCAAGACAUAUCUUGAAGUCUACAUGCAUCCGGAAAUGUUGGAUGGAGAGUUAUAUUUAGCUCCCGGUUUCCCCAUUCCACCAAACUCUGAUUACAAAGGCUACCACAGUUACAUAGAUGAAGUUUUACCCCCAGAGAGUCCUUACUUAUAUGGUUUACAUCCUAAUGCUGAGAUUGAAUUCUUGACAACAACCUCUGAUAAUUUGUUCCGUACUGUGUUUGAGAUGCAGCCACGUGAUGCCGGAGCUGGGGCCGGUGCUGGUGUUAGUCGAGAAGAAAAGGUAAAGGGACUGUUAGAUGAAAUUGUUGAGAAACUUCCUGAAGAAUUCAACAUGCUAGAAAUUAUGGGUAAAGUACCACUAGAAGAAAGAACACCAUACAUUGUUGUUGCCUUCCAAGAAUGUGAAAGAAUGAAUAUGUUGACAUCUGAGAUUCGCAGAUCUUUGAAGGAGUUAGAUUUGGGUCUUAAGGGUGAAUUGACAAUUACUGCCGAUAUGGAAGAUUUGAGUAAUGCGCUUUUCUUGGAUACUAUACCAGAAACCUGGAACAAGAAAGCUUAUCCAUCUUUGUAUGGUCUUGGAGCCUGGUAUGCUGAUUUACUACAAAGAGUCAAAGAACUUGAAACCUGGACCUCUGAUUUCCAACUUCCUGCAGCCGUAUGGCUGGGAGGUUUCUUUAAUCCACAGUCCUUCCUGACAGCUAUCAUGCAGCAGAUGGCACGUAAGAAUGAAUGGCCAUUGGACAGAAUGUGUCUGCAGUGUGAUGUAACGAAGAAGACACGAGAAGAUAUGGCCGGACCUCCCCGUGAAGGAGCUUACGUGCACGGUCUGUACAUGGAAGGUGCUAGGUGGGACACACAGACAGGUAUGAUCAAUGAAGCCAGACUUAAAGAGUUGGCUCCACCCAUGCCUGUUAUGUUUAUCAAGGCCAUCCCCGUGGACAGACAAGAUACAAGAAAUGUUUAUGAAUGCCCUGUAUAUAAAACAAAGAGCAGAGGUCCUACGUACGUCUGGACCUUCAACCUUAAAACCAAAGAGAAAGCCAGUAGAUGGGUUCUCGGUGGUGUUGCUCUCCUAUUACAAGUUUAAACAUUUUAAUCUACUCUAUAUCAUCACAUUAUUUAUAUCAAAAUCACUUCACAUACUGAAAAAUUCCACAAAUGUACAUUACAGAAUAUUUAUUUGUCAGUGCUUAACAAUAUAUUUUUCUAGUAUUCUUAUCUUAUAAGACAAUUUUGACAGAUCCAGCCAGAUAUUAAGCAAUAAUUUUAAGAAACUUACUUCAGCAUUGUAUUUUCAAAACUUUAAUUCAGCAUUAUUUUACAAAACAUAAAAAAAAAUUAUAAAAUGGAAUAUAAGCUUAUAAUUAUAAGUUUAAAUGUACCAGUACUGUAUUAAGAUUCUUUAAGAUAACUCUGACAAAUUCAGAUAUUAAAACAUAAAUUACAUCAGCAUUGUAUAUUUAAAAAUUAAAUCAGCAUUAUUUUACAAAAUUCUGUUAUAUUUUUUGAAUUUAAGAUGUUCAAAGACUUCAGCAUUAACACAUCAGAUUUUAUUGUUUGAAAAUGAAAAACCUUCCUUUUACUCCCUGUACAUUGGUAAUAUUUAUUUUUGAAAGAAUAUGGUUAAGUUUUGUCACAAUACUUUCUGCCAUGUUUUCUUAUCAGUGUUCCGUCCAUAACUGAUUUGUUGAUUUUUAUUUAAAUUGUUCAUAAAUUAUUUAUAAAUUGUAUGUAGGAAAAUUCAACGCAGUUUGAAUAAAAUUAUUUAUUAAAUAG